UCCGAGUUGUUAGUAUGUGGUUAUGUUACCACUUGCUGCUUCCCACGCUUUGUCUACAAUUAAAUUAAAGAUAUAAACUUAAACAAUGAAAGAUAUUAAUGUUAUUUUGUGAACAAAUUUAUAGCAGUGUAGUAUUUAAAAUUAUUUUUAUGCUACUAAUUAAAAGUGAUUUAAAAAAAAAAUUUAAUUUAUAAUUGAGAAAAGGUGUCAUUGAUUCGAUCAGUCAACCAUUAAAAGUGCAAGUGCUACUACUUACUGUACGAGCUCUGUGUCAUUGUGUGAUCUCAUGCUACCAACCAAACGGUGUUCACAAAUCCGAAAAUCGUAUUUUCCAUUGUGGUUUCAAGGUUGACACCAGUUGUAUUUUACCGGAAAAGCCCGAUGUUAUUUUAAGAUCUUAAGAACCCCUUGAGGGAGAGACACAGCGAUGGUGGACUACUACAGGGUACUUGGUGUAACUCGAACUGCUACUGACACUGAAAUAAAGAAAGCGUACAGAAAACUAGCACUGAAAUGGCAUCCUGAUAAAAAUCCUGACAAUUCUGAUGAAGCUAAUCGAAGAUUCAAAGAAAUUUCUGAAGCUUAUGAGGUUCUUUCAGAUGAAUCCAAGCGGAAAUUAUAUGAUGCACGUGGUUCCAGUCAUCACGGUCACAGAUAUCAAAGCAAGAAUGGAGUCAAUGGUCAUCGACACUUUAGCUUCAAAGGGUUCUUUGGAGAUACACCAUUCCACCGCUUUUUUGAGAGAAAACGCAGAGUGUAUGACCAGUACGGCAAGGAAGGAUUGAAUAACGGAAGAGGUCGUCGCUCUGCCGCAGACGAGGACUACGAAUUUGGCUAUGCAAGCUUCCCAUUCACAUUCCGAGAUCCCGAAGAAGUAUUCAGAGAAUUCUUUGGUGCCUCAUCUUUCGGGGAUUUAUUUGCUGAAAUCAAUGGUCACGGACACCAUCCGAGGCACAGUCGACGAAGUCACCCGAGCACCUCCCUCACGUCGUCCAUGUUCAAUCCGUUCGGGUUCGGGAUGCAGGGGCUGGACGACAUAUUCGCUCACACGAACGGGAACACGUUCACGUCUUUCUCGACCUUCAACAGUUCGCUGGCGGGCCCCGGCAGCGCCAACAUGAGGAGCACCACCACAACAACGCGUACUGUCAACGGAAAAAAGAUCACAACCAAGAAAGUCACAGAGAACGGACGAGAGACAAUAAUGUCUUACGAAAACGGGGUUCUAAAGUCAAAGACUGUCAAUGGAGUACCUCAAUCGCUAACGUACAGUUAAUUUAUUGUAUUUUUGUAACCAAAUUUGAUCCAAAUGUUAUUUGUAUUCAACGUAAUGCGAUGUACGCGAGUUCCGAUUUUUAUUUUUAUUUUGCUUUUAAUAGUUUAGCAUUCGAUACUAAAUUUAAUAAAACUAAAAUUGUGAUUACACGUAGGUAAAUGAUGCUUUCGAACACAACAAAGUGGAUGCGAGGGCAGACUUGCUGCUCAACAUAUCUCUUAGGUUUAAUAAUGUCGUCGACCCACUCGACUGGAUAUAAAGAUGAUUGAUUCAAAUUGAUCGCUACUACGACGAUAACGUUAUUUUGCUGCCAAUUUUUUUUUUAAUCUUUAUUUUAGGGUCUAGAUUUUAAAGUGUUUAUCACAUUAAUUGUAGAUUAGCAAAUGUUGGAACAACUUCUUUAUUUAGGUACCCAACUAUCUGGGAACGUUUGUACGAAAGAAUCCUUAGGUUACGUAAUUUUCAGUUUACGCAUUUUGAUUCGAAACUAUUGUUUAGUGUAUGAGGGUAGGAGCGCAUUGAAAUUGUUCCUACCUCUUGACAUAAACUCCACUGUUCCUCUCGAGUCCACUGCGAGCACGCGGUGGCCAAUACGCUAUAAUACUACCAAGUGAACGGUACAUAACGCUAAACUAUAAUUUCUAAGACACGAACUUACACUCGAAAUCGGUAUCAUUAUCAUCAAUAAAAUAGACAAAAACGGGCGCAAGUCAUUCGUGCGCGUCAUAUUGUCAACGAGGAUUUAACAUUUGUCAUAAAUACGAUUGCCAUUGCGAAUAUCUACUGUUUUUUCUAAAGUCAAAAUAUAGUAGGCUUAAUAACCAUUGAAAAUUGAUAGAAAAAACAUUAGAAAACUAAUUCUUGUUACAGAAAGCUUUAAAAACUUUGUGCUUUAUGUAAAUUUAAUUUUCAAGUUUACAAGGUCGGUUAUUUUCUAAAUAUUAAAUUAGUAUUUGUUUGUUUAGGGGAAAAACUUAGACAAUAUGCUAUUCUUGUUUUUGCUAUUAAUAAAAGCGGGAAUAUGUAUUUUUGUAAUGUGUAAUAAAUUACUUUCGAGACUUUGAAGUAGAAUAUCUAUCUCGAUUCUUGUUCUCUUUUGUUCUUGCGACCCAUAUUUUUGAAGUAAAUAAUAUCAUUCCUACAUGAGAACACAAAAGGUACAAAUUUUUAUUUUAUUUUUAGGAGUUUAUUUCCAAGUCUUUGCCAAAAAACAGCUUAGCUUUAUAAUAAUAAUGUUUAGCAAAUUGUCAUUUGAUGUUAAAAGUUACUUUGUACGUUUUCAUUUUGGUUUAUGAUUAUAAAUUAAAUCGAUGUUUGAAUGUGAUUAAAACUACAGUUUAUUGUGUAAUUUAAGCACUAGACGCCUUUUCUAUUUUUACUGCAUUAUCAAUAUGUAGUAUUCAUAUAAUGUACUUAAAUUCUGUUGGUUGAAUUAUUGAAAUUAGGUACUUGGAAUGUAACUAAAUUAAAACAAGUCAGAUUCUUAAGAUGCUGUAGUGCCAUCAUUAUGAAACAAUUUUAGCACUCAAUUAACUUUGUAUAUAAUAAAUUUAACUUCAAGAUCUCGUUUCUUAAAUUGUCAGCGACUAGAGAGCACUACAACGGAAAAGAUACCUAAUAAAAUAUAAUUUAUAAAA